GAAGGAUUUUUGAAGUGAUUUGACUCGGGAAAUUGAAGGGUAGUUUUCUUUUUAUCUGUUUUAAUUCUGAGUUCUCAGGUUUAAUUUGGUUAAUUAAUUACACUGUGAUUAUGAUCAUUGAUUGUGAUUGGCAAGAAAAUGGAGAUGGGAAUUAGAAGAAAAAGGUAAUGGAGCCAUGUGGGCUGCUCUUGCUUUGUUAUAUAAAGGCCCCCAUUGCCAUCUUCUGCCUUUCCCAAUUCUAAUUCCCAUUUUUGUUGAAGAUCAUACCCUCUUCUUGCUGUCUUUUUUGGGUAAUGGUCCUGAAAUUCUCUUUUGUUUUGUUUCUCCUUUUUUGGGAAGAGUUUCAGUUCUUCUUCACCAUUUAAAAGGGGUGUUUAUUAUAUAUAUACACACACUAAGCAGAAGAUACUGCUGCUUCUGUUUUUCUUCUUUCCACUUACCCUUUUGUUAGUUUUUGCCUUUCCCGAUGUUUCUUUUCGAAUUAUAAUAAGGAACACUUGGGAUUGUGAAUGGAAGAGAGUAAUUCAAAAAGCAAGUUCAAUAGGGUUUGUGUCUUCUGCGGCAGCAACUCGGGUCAUCGAAAAGUUUUUAGCGAUGCUGCUCUUGAUUUGGGAAAUGAAUUGGUGCAAAGGAAGAUUGAUUUGGUGUACGGUGGAGGAAGUGUUGGGUUGAUGGGAUUGAUAUCCCAAACUGUAUACGAUGGAGGCUGCCAUGUCCUUGGGGUCAUUCCAAAAGCUCUGAUGCCUCACGAGAUUUCUGGUCAAACUGUUGGGGAGGUAAGAACAGUUUUGGACAUGCAUGAGCGCAAAGCUGCUAUGGCUCGAGAAUCAGACGCUUUUAUUGCUCUUCCUGGAGGAUAUGGGACGAUGGAAGAGCUGUUAGAAAUGAUAACGUGGGCCCAACUCGGUAUCCACAAAAAACCAGUUGGCCUGCUUAAUGUUGAUGGUUACUACAACUCUUUGUUGGCACUGUUUGAUAACGGAGUCGUUGAAGGUUUCAUUAAACCCGUCGCUCGAGAAAUUGUGAUAUCUGCUCCAACAGCAAAGGAACUCAUGGAAAAAAUGGAGGAACAUACUCCUUUCCGUGAAAACGUUGCGCCUCACGAAAGCUGGGAAAUGGAGCACCUUGGUGAUUAUCCGAGCCAUGAAACUAAACCAUGACAGAUAAGUGGUAAUGGGACUUCCCUUGAGAUUCAUGAUGUCAUCCAUCAUCAUUUUUAAUCAUGAAUGGGAACCUGUUGUGAUGGGGCCACGAGUGGUUCAUCAUUGUGUACUUGUGUUCUUUGUGAUUGGAAUUUUAAUAAAUACCCCCUUUCUGUUUACAAAGUGCUUGGUUUGUGGUCAAUUAAAACACCUAUCAUAAUAUCUAGUGGACUGGUCACCACUUCUUAAAAGGAAAAGCAAAACAGAUUAAACAA